CUGCUAAUAAAACCGGUCGUACGCGCACAGUUCCUUAUGCGCGUCUUUUGCGUUGGAUAACCGCCUCAUAAUUGCGUCUGAUGUGUUCCGCGGCGCCUUCAUAAAGUUACCAGCGAUGCUCUCUGAACUACGGCGGAAACUUUUGUCGUGAAGGCCUGUUAUUUGUAGCAACAGGACGGGACCCCGUAGCGAAGCAAGAGUAGCCUUCUUCCCAUCGCGGCUUUAGGAUCUGGGAUUAUCGAGCUCCAGAGCCUUGCCGCUUUCGUCGAAACUGUCGUGGAUUCAUGCUGAGGGCGAGCUAAAUGCGGUACGAAGCUAAAAUGAUGCCGAUGUUCCUGACCGUGUACCUCAGUAACAAUGACCAGCACUUCACUGAGGUCCCCGUUACCCCGGAGACGCUGUGCCGCGAUGUGGUGGAGCUGUGCAAAGAGCCGGGAGAGAUGGACUGUCACCUGGCCGAAGUGUGGAGAGGAUCUGAGCGCUCGGUGGGAGAUGGAGAAAGGAUGCUGGAUGUGCUGCAGAGAUGGGGGCAGCAUCGAGCUGAAGUCAGAUUCUUCCUACGCCACAACCGGGCCCCAAGCCGAGACUCAGGAGGUUCCAGAAGCUCUGAGCCAAAACGAAACGGCGUUAAAGGUCCACCAGACAGAAGAAUGGAGAAUGGGGUCGGCACACCUCGGAUGGACAUGACUUUGGCCGAGCUGCAGGAAAUGGCGACGAGACAACAGCAGCAGAUCGAGGCCCAACAGCAGCUGCUCGCAUCUAAGGAGCAGCGUCUGAGGUUCCUGAAGCAGCAGGAGCAGAGGCAGCAGCAGCAGGCCUCAGAGCAGGAGAAGCUUCAGCGUCUCCGUGACAACAUCGAGAACCAGGAGAGCAGACUCAAGAAGGUCCGAGCGCUCAAGGGACAGGUGGAGCAGAAACGUCUGAGCAACGGCAAGCUAGUGGAGGAGAUCGAGCAGAUGAACAGUCUUUUCCAGCAGAAGCAAAGGGAGCUUGUUCUGGCCGCAUCAAAGGUGGAGGAGCUGAGCCGGCAGCUGGAGCUCCUCAAAAGUGGCAAGAUGGAGGGUUUCCAUGACAACCAGUCAUCUGUGGCCGAACUUGACCGCCUGUACAAGGAGCUGCAGUUGAGAAAUAAGCUGAACCAGGAUCAGAACUCGAAGCUGCAGCAGCAAAGGGAGAAUCUGAACAAACGAAACCAGGAGGUGGCAGCGAUGGACAAGAGGAUCACUGAGCUCAGGGACAGACUGUACAAGAAGAAGGCUGCGCUACAACAGAAGGAGAAUCUACCUCCUCAGAAGCGCUUCAGCACAGAUCCCCCACACACCAACAAUGGCUUUCCUGGUAGAGAGAGGGCAGCAAAAGACUCUCAUCUGCAGUCGCCCUCUGAAGGCCAAAGUGUGCCCCAGUCUGGCCCCUCUCGCGUGGCUGCUGUGGGGCCUUAUAUCCAGUCAUCCACGAUGCCCCGGGGACCCUCCAGGAGCGAGCUGCUGGUGAAGCCCGCCUACCCUGACGGCACGGCAACGCUGCCCACACACGACCUGCAGGGCAAGGCUGGCACUGGAUCGUCGAAGCUGGGAGAGUGGAGUCCCUCUGGCCCUGAUUCCAACUCUAUCAGCAGUCAUGGCUCCUCAUCCACAUUGCCCCGGAUGCCCUCCCACAGCAACUCCACAGCAGAACAAGAUGAUGAGCUGAAGAGGGACAAAAAGGCACGUCCAUCCUCCAUGUUCGAGCCCACAGACUUCCCUCCCAACGCCCUCCGCAAGAACCAGAGCAGUGACGACCUGGUACGAGAUGCACAGUCUACAUCCAAACCAGUCAAGGUGCCUCCUCCUGUCGCCUCCAAACCCAAGGGCCCUGCUGUCCUCCCGUAUGGCAAGCCCGCCCUGCACACUGGCACCUUCCCCAAAACCAAACCCCACAGCCAACCGCCCUCGCACGCAGGCCCCGGCCGCUCCCCCUUGCCCCCCGCUCAGAGCCAGACCCUGCCCCUCCCUUCCAAACAGGACCCACCUCCAGCGGCCACGGUCCGCCCCUUCACCCCGGAGCUCCCCAAGGACAGCAGGAUGGGCAAGCCAAAGACCCUCGAUGCCAGCUCCAUCUACUCCAUGUACACGCAGCAGUCGGGCAUCCAGGGGGCGCUAAACCGGGCGCAGAGCCGCACCAAUGGUUUCACGAGCAUGUACGGCAAACCUGUCAUCAGCUCCCAGCAGCACCCUGAGAACCCAUACCUGGACCGCCGCUCCCCCACGGAGAACGAAGUGGACCACGCCAACAGCCCCGCCUCCUCCCAGACACCCGCCAACCCCGAGACCGAACGCAUCCCCCGCCCCCUCAGCCCCACCAAGCUCCUCCCCUUCAUCUCCAACCCCUACCGUCACCAGAGCGAUGGCGACCUCGAAGCCCUGCGUAAAAAACUCUACAACGCCCCCAGACCUUUGAAAAAACGCAGCUCCAUCACUGAACCUGAAGGACCAGCUGGACCUAACAUCCAAAAACUGCUCUACCAGAAGACCACUUUAGCCGCGAUGGAGACUACAGUUACUCCAACCACUCCGGCAUUUGCGCUAGACCCAGAAAAGGUUCCUGAAAACACAGUUCCAGUGACGAAUGACACUAGCCAAUCAGAACAACCCGAAGAAGUCCCGCCCACUGAACCUGUAGUGGUGCAACCAGAACCAAUCAGCAAUCAGCCUUCGGUAGUAGUAAUAGGAAGUGAGGAGAUAGUGCCACCGCCUCCGCCGAGUCACCCUGCCCCCAGGCCAGAUGAUAUGGUGUUCCCCCCUCCGCCGCCCACUGCUGGUGGGGAGGUGAUACAUGUGCAGGUGCCCAGUAUGCCCCCUCCUCCGCCUCCAGAGGGCUUCCCAGAGGAGUUUCCACCGUACCCACCCCCACCGUACCCAAGCGGCGCUGAGCAGGAUGAGGAGAGCAUGAAGGCACCAGAGGUCACGGGUCAAGUCACUCUGCCACCGGGAAAGAGGACCAACCUGCGGAAACCAGGAUCUGAGCGCAUAGAUCACGCCAUGAGGGUCAAAUUUAACCCUCUGGCCCUGCUGCUGGACUCUUCACUGGAGGGAGAGUUUGACCUGGUCCAGAGAAUCAUCUACGAAGUGGAGGAUCCCAGCCAGCCCAAUGAUGAGGGCAUCACAGCUCUACACAACGCCGUCUGUGCAGGUCACACUGAGAUCGUCAAGUUCCUGGUUCAGUUUGGGGUCAAUGUCAAUGCGGCCGACAGUGAUGGAUGGACGCCCCUUCACUGUGCGGCCUCCUGUAAUAACGUGCAGGUAUGCAAGUUCCUGGUGGAGUCUGGAGCUGCUGUUUUCGCCAUGACCUACAGUGACAUGCAGACAGCAGCUGACAAGUGUGAGGAGAUGGAGGAGGGCUACACACAGUGCUCCCAGUUCCUCUACGGUGUUCAGGAGAAGAUGGGCAUCAUGAACCGAGGCGUGGUGUACGGUCUGUGGGACUACAGCAGUGAGAACCCAGACGAGCUGUCGUUCAGAGAGGGAGACUGUAUGACCAUCCUGCGCAGAGAGGAUGAGGACGAGAUCGAGUGGUGGUGGGCACGAAUGGGCGACCACGAGGGCUACAUCCCACGCAACCUACUGGGGCUCUACCCCAGGAUAAAACCAAGACAGAGGAGCCUGGCCUGAAGCACCUACAAGCCUGUACAUUCCUACUGACAAAAACUAUCCGAAAUAUACACAAAAACUCCAACCCAAACACGCUUUAACAGACUGCAUUCCACAAAUGAAGACGACAAUGGAUUUAUGAAGGAUAAACGUGGACUUUUGAGCCCAACUGGCACUUUCUUGUCUGUACAACACUAUUUCACGACUCCACUGUUUUUGUAAUCGUCAGAAACUUUAUAUUUCCUAAACAAGCAAAAGAUGUUGGGACGAACAAGCAGUAUUUUCAUGGUAGCGCGUUUUUAUAGACCUGUAGUGCAUGUGAUGAAUGAGUGAGGGAUGAAAAUGGAAAUAAUAAUAUGACAAUCUGAAGGGGCUAUUGUUUUGGUAAUUUUUAUUUUUUGUAUUUUUUGUUUAAAGUGCAUUGUGUAACUUUUCUGGUGAAUGGUCCAUUGCUUGUUUUACUCCAUUGGGAUAUCAUUGCUUUGGCUGAAAUGUUCCACAGUAUUGCAUUAAACUUUUAUAACUUGCCUUUUUUAAAUUUAAUUAUUUUACUGUCUUGAAUAACAUGCAUUCUUACUGAGAGCAGGGUCACUUCUCCACAGAUCUGACCUGUAAUUUGGCGCAGGAGUAUAACCUGCUUGUCACCAUGGAGAUAGAUGUUAAUCGUCAUACAAUGGGACAUUUCAGAUGACCUUCCAUCAGAAAAAAAAAGUUACACAGUGUAUCUUUGAAGCUGCAUUUUGUACAUUUUCUGGUGGAAGUUCCGUCACCUGCUUUUCUCCACCGAAAUGCCAUUGCUUUGUCUGAAAUGUUUCACAAUAUGGCAUUAAAAUUUUCUAUCAUCAUGGAGACCAAAUCAGGCCAAGUUACAGGUCAGCUCUGUGGAGUGGCGAUCCCAUUUAUAGUCAGAAUGCCUGUUUUUCUAGGUAAUGUUGAGCUAUAAAACCACCUGUCAUUAUAUAAAUGUAAAGUAGAGGUAAAGCAUUGACGUAUCCAUAGAAACAAGAUGGCAACGGACCCCCAACCGAAAAGUUACACAGCGCACCUUCAAUUUGAGAAACUGUGCCUCGUUAUAGCUGCACUAGAGGUGUACAGAAUAAAUUGUGACUGCCACCGUUGUAGCGUAAUAAUCUGAAAUCGAAAAUAAUGUUAGCGAAAUAAAUAGUUUUGAGUACGUUUUAUGCUCUGUGGUCCAUGAUAUCGCAAAAGCUAGCACGCGUCGCCAACACGCUACUACCUUACGAUGGAUUCGCCACAGAAACACAUAUCAUGCAGUAUGGAUUUUGAAUAUUUUGUCGAUUUCAUGUGAAUAUGUGUAAGAAGGCUAGCCAGAUGUCAACCAACGCCUUUAUUUUUCUAGCUACAGGUUGCACUAGGCCCGGAUCAGGUCUACAAUGCAAAAACUCCACUUCAAGCAUAUCUUCAUUAACACAAAUUUAUUUAUUUUUGUUACUUUUUUCUUUAGCCCUUUUGUCAAGACAGUAAAAAUAACCACUCAUGUAGAAUUUGAAGCAUUUACAAUAAAA